AUGUGGGAAACUGGUUUAAGCAGAAGAUUCAAGCACCGCAAGGACCCCCAUUAUGUCGUCGCAAUCAUUCGCGAUAUCCUCCAGUCAAGGAAGAUACCGGUGUCUUUCCAGGGUACGCACGAUUUGGUUGUACCCGAUCCGGCUCCCAACACCGUCAUCUGCGAGAACUUGGUAGGAAUUAUUCAGGAUAAUGUUGUGUCGCGAGGUGUCUUCGAAAACAAAGAUCACGCGCCGCAAAUCAUUAGCAUCAUUAACAAGAUGCUAAGCCCUGCUUCUCAGCUACGCGUGCAUAGAAUGAUCGAACAGGCUCAGGCUCCAGGCCAAGCUUCUCCCAUCAUUACUACCAUUCUCAAGGAACUGAUUCAGAAGCUUGUUAAUGCGGUUUAUGCCGCUUAUCGCUCUGAACAAGUAGUGAUGGCGGCUGCUGCUGCAGUCGAUAAUUGGGAGCCCAUCCUUCAGCCUGUCACUCCUAAUGCUAUUGAGGAAGACAAUGGCGGCGUAGAACAGGGUACCGCGGUAGUAGAUGGCUAUGACAUGGUCGUUCUAUCUUUGAAGCGAGAGCACGAUGAUGGCGAGAGUUCGGACGCGAAACGUAUUUGCGUGAAUACGGACGGGGAUGAUGACGUUCCUAAGACCAUUCCUCGACAUUGUGUUUUCAUGUAG